AUGAGGCUCAAAGUCGCAGCCAAGAUCGACGAUGUUAAACGGGAUUACCGCGAAAAAAAGAUCAAAUGGAUGAUGGCGCUUCCACACGUCGAAUACGUCAGCGAAAUUUGCGCCACGGAGAAGGCGGAGUUCCUGGGCAACGCAGUCGCUCUGCUGUUUCCCAUCGACUGGCAAGAGUCCUUUGGCCUUGUGAUGAUCGAAGCAAUAGCUUGUGGGCCGCCAGUCAUUGCUUUCAGCCACGGUUCUGUGCCAGAGGUCAUUAAUGAAGGGGUGACGGGGCUUGUUGUCCACGAUGAAGCGGCCGCCGUCGAAGCAGUCCAACGCGUGGAGACACUAUCUCGGGCAACCGUCCGCAAGGUGUUUGAGCAGCGGUUCUCUGCAAGGACUAUGGCUUCCGGCUACCUCGAGACGUACGAGAAGCUGUUGACACAGAAACGAGAAGCCGACAUGCAAAAGUCUCGCCGCGUAACCAAUAGUAUAAACAAGAGGACCGCAUCGAAUCGGAGCAGCAGGGGAUUGGUGCAGCAUCAUUUUGGCUUUCGGCCUGUCGAUGAUGUGGCUAUUCGAAGCCAAAGCCUCGGUCUAUACGUGUCUGCACACACGCGGACAGAGCGAGACGGGUGCGACAACGCGGUCUAA